AAAUUUGAUCAUUUGUUUGUGAUUUAAAAAAUUAAUUAAAAUCGAUAACUGCUAUCAAAAAAAAAUCAAUUUCAGAAUGUCUAAAGAAAAUAUUAAUCAAGAUGAAAUCGCUGAUGUUAUGAUAACACCAAGUCCAAAUGUUUUAAUCGUAUCAUCAAAACAAGAUGAUGAAAUAUCGACAACUGAUACAACGACGACAACUACAACAGAUCCAUCCGAACCAAUAAAACCAGAAAUAAUAAUUGAAAAAAAUAUGAAUCAAUUAUUUUGUACAUUACAGCCAUUCAUAAUGAAAUUAGAUGAACAAGUGAUGUCCGUACGUCUAUCACAACAACAAUUAAAUGAUGAACUAUCACGACUUUUAUCCAUAUUGGAUCAGAUUAAACAAUAUCCUAACAAUUCGACAAACGUUAAUAAUGAUGAUGAUGAUGAUGCGGAUAAUCAAUUGGACACAACAAAACAAGAUGAUAUCUCGGCCACUCAACAACAACAACAGCAAGCAGUGUUUAUUUAUCCAAAACGUAUGUUUACAACAACCAGCACCGGUGGCCAUAAUUGUGAUGAUGAUCUUGCCAUUGAUAUCGAGGAAAAAAGUCGUCGAUUAUUAGGAUUAAAACGCCGAUUAACAUUAAUACAUUCUAUAUUACAAACGGUUAAUAGUCGGGUAAAGAAAUUAUUAUUAGCACAUGAUUCACGGGUUUUACGGCAAUUACAAACAUCAUCAACAACAACAUCUAAUUGAUCACGUAAUUCCUUCAAAAAAAUACCCUUUGAUUACAUUUGAAAAAUAUGUUUGUUUUUUUUUCUCUGAAUUUCCCAAUUAAAGAAUUGUCUGUUUUUUUUAUUAUUUAAAA